GACCAUUAGCCGUAAUUGUAUAUGUAACCAGCUUUAGGGUACCGGGUACCUCGGUUUGGGUAUCAGUUUUCUCUGAGAGACGCGAGGAGAGCUGGCGCAUUCCACAUAAACUACUGUGGGCCACACGUCAAGAUGUCGCGCUACGAACAAAACAACUGCAAGGUGUACGUGGGCAACCUCAGUGACUAUGGAAAUGCCAAAGAGCUGGAGGCGGCUUUCGGUGUGUAUGGGCCUCUGAAGCACGUGUGGGUGGCCAAAAAGCCACCUGGCUUUGCCUUUGUGGAGUUUGAGGAGCCCCGAGACGCUUUGGACUCAGUGAAAGGCCUGAACGACACCGUGAUUUGUUCCCGCCGUGUGGAGGUUGAAAUGGCUACUGGGGAGAAGCGUGGCGGCCGAAACCGUGACCGUCGCAGCGGCGGGUACGGCGGCAAUUAUGGCAGCCGCUACCCCCCCCGCCGCUCGUACAACGAUGACAAAUGCUAUGAGUGUGGCAAGCCGGGCCACUUUGCCCGAGACUGCCCCUACAACAGGCGCCAGAGGUACUCGCGAUCCAGGUCGAGAUCGUAUGAUCGCUAUAACUCACGCAACAGGCGUUACUCACGUAGCCGAAGCCGCAGCCGCUCCAGGUCUUACCACAGCCCCUACCGCAGUUAGUCAUCUGGUAUGCAAGACUACCACCGCGCGGGAUGUCGACAUCAAGUUUGCCAGUUGGGUCAUAGGGUUGGACACUUGACGAUGACACCUUCUUUUUUUUAAAGGAUUUUUAAUGUUUCACUUUUUUUUUAAUUUGGACGAUUUGUGUCAACUUUGUGUGUAUUUGAUGUAUGGUUAGAAAGAGAAAACUGUGUGGUGUUAUCAAGUGCAGAAGGAAUACUGUGAACAAAUUUCUUAAUGGAUUAAUUCCUAGAUUCCGUUCAGGAACAAAGCAGCGACUGAAGACAUGUAUUCUGUCACAGAUUUGAAAGUCUUCGUUACAUGAUCUUAAAGUAGCUUAGAUUAUAAACAAGAUAAAUCCCGUCUUACUAAAAAUUGACUACAUGUACUUGUGUUUAGAAUCAUAACCUCCUCUGUAUUCUAUUUUUUUCAUGGGAGUUACCAAGAUAAAGGCGCUCACUUCCAUUAUAUCUCUAGUGACCAACAAUUAAGUUCCGCUGUCAAACUGAAUAGGCCAAUUUUCCCUGAUAGCCUGUGCACAGAAUAAUUCUGGGUACCCUUAAAAUCGACUUAGUGUUUGACUGAUGGGUUGCUGUGUUAACUCUGCCCUGAAUGCAUGCCACAUUCAGUCCGAAAUGUGAGCCUGUAAACAUGGUACACCAACAACUGAAAAAAAUCUCAGAGUUUCUUUAAUAGCCAUCCCAGCUUAAUUUGUCCCGUGGUAAUAGUCUUUCACCUGUGCACAGUACAGUGUUAGUUUUGAGUAUUUGGCAGACAAGUAAACUCUACCAGACACAGAUAAAGGACAUCCGGGUUCGCUCCUUUAAAUUUGGAAUUGUCUUGUGAUGUUCCACAAAGUCGGACAAAGUAGCACUCAGCCGGGGAUGAAAUCUCAAGUAACAGAGGAAAUCAGCUGUCUUGGGUAGUCGCCUGGGCCCAAUUUCACACUAAGUGGGAAAAAGUGGUUUAGUAAAUUUAUUUGCUCAACAAAACGCAAGAGGGAAUCACUUGCAAGAAGUACACAGUGCCUUGAAUAUUUUGCUGUUUUUUUGCUGAGAUCAUUUCUGUGCUUAGCACAAAUCCAUCGUUGCAGCUUUGUGAAAUUGGGCCGUGUAAAUGGAAUUUUUUUUUGCUUAGUUAUUCAAUCAUGCCGAAUCUCAGAAGUUCACUAGGUAUUAAUUAGAAGCUCGACUUCACGUAGAUCUCGGUGUUUAAUAUCCAGCAAUGACAUGUACACAUUUUGUUGAAGAAUUGUUCAUUUCUCUGUGUCCACACCAGUGUGUCGAUUUUGUUUUUAAAGAAAUAAAAUACGUGUCACGUGGGCGUGUGAAGCGGAAGAGUAUAUCUGUUUUUGUUCAUGUACAGUGGAACACUGUUUUAUUACAACGUCCUUGGGAUAUUUACAAUUACCUUGUUAUAAUAGUUACCUUGUACGUGUAUUAUCAGUUAUGAAAACAAAGACUUGGGACCUAAAAUUGCCCUUAUUAUAAAUA